AUGGCCACCACAGCACCAGGCAAAAGCCUUGGUCUCUCUGCGGUUGGGAUUCUAUUCAGUUGUGGCUUUUGUCAAGCUUCAAUCUCCGACGUGUAUUCCCGAGCUGAGGACAGCGAUGGACUCCGAGGGGGGACCGCUUUACCUGGCGCCUCUACCGCUAAAUUUUGGCUGGCUGAAUGCACUCAUCUGAUCUGUGGGGCACAUCUGGAUGGAGGAGGUGUCCCUUUCUACGCAGCAGGCUCUCACCCAAAAGCGCCUUGUCCAAUCUGCCGCAAUGAGAGAGGCAUAACAACGCCACUCAGGUUGUAUUGGGUACAUGGGAUCAGUCCUGGUCAAUACGACCCGGAGAUUCCGCAAGAAUACUUUGUGGUUCCUCCACAACACGUCACAGGUUCAGAACCCGCACUUUCAGCGAUGAGGUUCCAAUAUCUCUCACUUAUUCGGUACGGUACCAAGGUGCUGGAGAAGUUGAGCACAUCCGAGUACCAAAAGAUUGAAUUUCAAAAAUUGCUCACAGCCGAGGCGAAUACCAACCAAGAACUACGGCAAGAAAUCCAAAAACUGAAAAGCUAUGCUGAAAAUCUGGAGACACGGGCUACAGAGCUCGAGAGCUGGAAGACCAGGGAGGCAGAGUUGAAACAUUUCGUUAAGAUACUGGACCCUUUGACUAGGGAAAAUGAAAUGAUGAGGCAGCAAUUGAUCAUCCUUGGUCUGGAAACCCCCAAGACAGAUUACAAGCUGGACCAUUCAUUGAAUCCUUCCGCUGGCCAUGCGGCAACUCAAGUCCAGGGAAAGAUCUUGCAGAAUGCCUUGCCUGGAGGAGAUCAAGCAGAUGAUGUAGCUUCUGCCACCCCGAAGGAUCUACACUCAGGUGCACACAACGCUAGCUUUCAAGAAGACACUGCAACAACACCAGUAAAAUUGGCGGCUCCAGAUUAUACUCCUAGUCAUGCUGAUUCAGAAGACGCUGGGGUCCCCCUUAAAACCGAAAACCUCUCAGCCAAGAGGAGAAGACCAUCAAACGAGACUCUCGACCCAGACGCUCCGAAGCCAACCCGAAAGCUGCUUAGCAGAGAUCUCAUGCCCCCACCACCGUUGCCAGGGUCCAGCCGCAUUACUGGCUUGAUGCAGCAGACUACAAAUCAGGCGAAUAAUGUGUCUUCCGCAAUAGCAAGACAAGGCCACAACCCAAGUAAUGCUUCGUAUCCGGCAGCUCGCACUGGCCUUCUGGCUGCUUCUCCUGAAAUGAACCUACAAAAUUUGUCUCUGAAACCAUCAAGCACAGAGUUUCGUGGAGGGAAGCCUGACGCCCCACAACGACAGAGCCAGUUCCAAGAGAAUUUCCCGGCUUCUCGUUACAACGAGACUCUCUCUGAGUCUGCCUCUCGCGGUUCUUCUCUAUUUCAGGAGCAGCAGACCGGUAAUGCAAACCGCGAGGAUGUCACCCAGCCCCUGCCCGGACUUUUACAGGCUAUGUAUCACGAAACUAGCUUCAUCCGCCCAACAGUGCAAUCCGGCGAACAUGGGGCAAAAACGGCUCCCCAGCGCGCAUAUCCCAUUCAGAAUUACUUUCCAGUGCAACGAUACUCGACGGGAUCUCCACUUGCAACAAACAACCUCGCUCCGCCGCCGUUUGCAGGAGGUAUAUCAGAAGCUGACUUGAGAAACGACCCCUUUGUGUCCCCUUUGCGUCACGAAAUUCCAGUCCAACGGUUUUCAACUCCUGCCUCUGGCAGAUACGCAAAUACCAGAUUAUCAGAUACACUCUCUACGCCCAGUAUAAGCGGUGGUCGAGGCUAUGAAGGAAGACGUUACACCAACCCUCGCCAUCUUGACACCAGCUCUGUAGCCAGUCCUUUUUUUAAAACCACCUUUCCUCCCAAUGACCUACCUUCUAUACUGGAGCGCAGAAAUAAAAAUGCCGGCACUAGGCUCCAUAAAAGCAGCUUUUUCGAAAACGAGGCCAGCGAGAGUAGAUUGAAUCCUCCACCCCGAAAAGAGAGCCUCACUUUCCGUCACAAACCAUUCAGAAGCAGAGGCGGGGACAUCAUUGAUGCAUUGCUCGAAAAGGAAAGGAAGAAGAAUCUCGCACAUACAUAUCCCACUUCAGACAAUAUUCCAUCGAUCUCGAAUCGCUUCCCAUUUGCCGAUACAUCUCGUGGCAUCCUUGGAGGUGAUGGUCGUAUCAGGAGCGACAUCAGCAAUUUCUGGCAGGAAAACGACAAGGACAUGCCUCCUCCCAUUCCCGAAACCAGCACCCGCGGCAGGACUUCCCUCUAUAAUGCGUUGAUGAAUCCUCCAGUCCGCAAGGUCUUCUCGGAUGAUCGUGCUGCAUCAAUGACAGCGGAUACCCUGCCUGACUUUCUCAAGUAUCCGCCCAGAACGACUAGUUCGCGCUUCGAGGGUAGGGGCCUUUCUGCUUUUCACAGAACUAGCUAUUACCCUUCUCGGCAGUCGACUUCGCACAUGGGGCGACAGGAUCAGAGCCAGGGUCAGAGCCAGGGCCAUAGGCCGCUUAGCAGCUUCUUACGCCAAGGCACCCUCAAUGAUUCUUCCUCUUCUCCUCCUCAGCGGCGCUACUUUCCUCAGGGAAGAAGAAGCGUGCAGAGGUAG